GCCGCCACAUUCCAAAACCAUCCUCUUCAGAACUGUGUGAGCUGUACCGAUUUUGUGAAGUGUGCUCAACUACUUUUGGCUUUUAUGUUUUAGUCAGGCUGAGUUUUAUAGUGUAUCACCAUGUCGGUGGCGUUUGCACCUCACAGACAGCGUGGGAAAGGAGACAUAACACCAGCUGGCAUUCAAAAGUUACUUGAUGAAAACAACCACCUUAUCCAGUGUAUCAUGGAUUUCCAAAGCAAGGGCAAAACAGCAGAGUGUUCACAGUAUCAACAGAUGCUUCACAGAAAUUUAGUGUACCUUGCUACGAUAGCAGACUCCAAUCAAAACAUGCAGUCUCUUCUUCCUGCUCCACCCACUCAAAACAUGCCCAUGGGCCCUGGUGGGAUGAGCCAAAGUGGAGCACCCCCUCAGCCUCCUCACAGCCACAACAUGCCCUCUGAGGGUAUGGUCAGCGGUGGCCCCCCAGCCCCACACAUGCAGAACCAGAUGAAUGGACAGAUGCCUGGGCCUAAUCACAUGCCUAUGCAAGGUCCCGGGCCAGGCCCCAACCAGCCUCCAAACAUGCCCAGCGGCUCUAUGAAUAUGCCCCCCAACAGCCAUGGCUCGAUGGGUGGUUACAAUCAUGCCGUACCUUCGUCCCAGGGCAUGCCAGCUCAGAGCCAAAUGAACAUGACCCAGGGCCAGCCCAUGAGCAACUACGGGCCACGGCCAAACAUGAACAUGCAGCCCAAUCAAGGUCCCAUGAUGCACCAGCAGCCACCUUCCCAGCAGUAUAAUAUGCCUCCUGGUGGUGGAGGUCAACACUACCAAGGUCAACAGAACCCCAUGGGUAUGAUGGGGCAGGUCAACCAAGGGAAUCACGUUAUGGGUCAAAGGCCAAUGCCCCCCUACAGACCCCCACAGCAAGGACCCCCUCAGCAGUACCCAGGGCAGGAAGACUACUAUGGAGACCAGUACAGUCACGCAGGACAGGGAGCUUCAGAAGGUAAUGCCCAGUAUGGCCAACAGCAGGAAACGUACCAGCAAGGUCCUCCCCAGCAACAGGGCUACCCUUCUCAACAGCAGUACCCAGGUCAGCAGGGCUACCCACCACAGCAGCAGGGUUAUGGCCCAUCUCAAAGUGCCCCGGGGCAGUAUCCCAACUAUCCCCAGGGACAGGGGCAGCAGUAUGGGGCUUAUCGACCCCCUCAGCCCGGACCCCCACAAGGUCAGCAACAACGACCCUACGGCUAUGACCAGGCACACAUGAGGAAAUAAAGACCCGGGGAUUUGAACCCCUGACUAGCUCUAUAAGAAGCAAAGGUAAUCGUUGCUGUGAAGACCUCAACAUCCAAUCUAGACGUUGGGCCACCUAACCCUUUAAUUAACAUUUAUUUCUUCUGUCUCCUGUCUUUUAUUUUUCUCUAUGUUCCAUCUUUCUCCUCAGUUUUUCUUUGCUUAUUUUGUUUAAUUGUCCUCCUCAGAGUGAGUUCAUUGUGUUAUUAACCAGGGGUCGAAUAAGAGUCACGAGGUCCAGAAGCACAGCACAAAUAGUCAAAAAAAGAAAAAAAAACAAAAAACAUCUCCGUCAUGCACAGAGCAACACUGGGUUUGAUGCAUGUCAGUGUGCUUUUGAUGAAUUGGAAUAUAUUUGACCGUCCACACUAAACUGACAAAUUGUAACUUGUUCUCAUUGUAAUUUACACUCAUGAAAAAAAUUAAUAGUUCGACCCCUGUUUAGAAAUGCAUCACUAGACCGUAAGAAUGCCUUCUUCAGCCACCAUCGAAGUCUCUGAGAUGUCAAAGCUAGAACUUAUAACUCUUUAGUUGUGAGGCCAUGCUGCCACCUGCUGGUCAAUGCUAGCGAUGCAACCAGAAAUGAUGGUUUGCACCACAUUAGAAGCGGUUGAAAGCACAGGUGUUUUAUUUGAUUGAGGCUUUGAAAUAGAGAUGUUUCCCAUGGCUUUGUGAGUGUUGGUAAUGUGUCACACUUCUCUCUGCAGGGCCAAUAUGGAAAUUACCAGCAAUGAGAGGGGGCAGAGAUCUCUGCUCUGACCUCUGGUCAGCUGCUAAAGCAGACCUUACCGAUGGCUGCAGCUCACAGACUGAUAACAGACGCAGACAGAAAUGACACGUUGCCCCUCUCGGUUCGCACCUCUCCUUACCGAUAAAUUGUAUUCUUCUUAUCAUGUACAGCGACCUCCGUCAAAAUCCGCCCACUCGCCCUCUGGUCCAGUAUGUCUCAAAGCAGCAAUGCCUUAAAUAUGGAACUGCCUUAUUCUCCAGCAUUGCAGAUUGUGAAAUGAGCAAAAAUUUUGGAUAUCGGAGAGAAAUUAAACAUGUGGUUUCAGUCUACUGUGGUGCAUUAUUCCUCUGUCCUUCAGUUGCCUAUUUAAAGGAAGCAAUAAUGCCAGUAGUUGGGGCGUGCACGUGGAAAUACAGAUGAGAUAAUGCACCAGAAAAAACAAACAAACAAAAAAAAACAACUUUCUGCUAGGCCAUGGUACAUGUCUUGAUGUAUGUGACAAUGUAAAAAUAUAUUUUAUGCUUUUUAGAUUAAGCUUACUUUGUAUACAACAUUGGAAAACUAGUACUAAAAAUGUUUAUUUCCUGAA